AUGCCGACUGUCGAAAGGAUUCCGAGAGGUUUCCACCACCUUGACAAGGUGUCGCACAGCAAGUUUGUCAAUUCGCGAUACGCUGUGCGCAUGCCGCGCCCGGGUCGCAAGUACACUGCGCCCAAGGACCGUAUCCGGCGCUGGAACAUUGUGCCGGGCGACAAGGUGCGGCUGAUGGUGGGCAAACCGGAGGAGAAGUACGACACAACCAAGCAGGGCAAGGACGGGGCCAAGGGCAAGGUCUGGCGCGUGUACACGGUGUCGGGGGUGAACAUGGUGCACAACCGCGUUUACCUGGACGGGCUGACGAAUGUGCGCUCGAACCGGACGCAGCCGCUGCCGUCGGAGGAGAAGCUGGCCAAGAUGACCGAGGACGAGCGCCACAGCUACCUGCAGCAGCGCAACUUUAUCAGCCAGCGCCGGGCAGUGCACUACUCUUCCGUGCAGCUUUGCGUGCGCGAUGCGGGCGCCGACAGCGUCUUUGCCACGCGCGUGGCGACGACGGCGCCCUUCUACGACCGCGCGACGCGCUCGGCGCGCUGGGCGCGCUACGCAGCCGCGCUGAGCGGGGACGGCUCGAUGCUCCCGCGCGACCCGGCGCGCGACCAGGUCCGCAUCCCCUGGCCCAUCACGCAGCCGAAGGAGAAGGCCGACCCGAUGCCGGUCGACACGCUCGAGCGCGCGUCGGCCGCCUCGACGCUGAAUCUGCAGGACGCGUCGCGCAUCCCCCGCCCGCUGAUCCCGGUCUCGCUCCGCGGCCCCGCCCCCGGCCCGCAGGACCAGGACUGGGCCGACGAGUACGUCUUUGCGCCCGAGAGCCGCACGAGUCCCGAACUCGAGGCCGCCCUCCCCCUGUACUUGCAGGAGGAGCUGAGCCCGCGCUACUCCCGUGCCAAGCAGAUCAAGGGCUGGAACAGAUCGGAAGAGCACACGUCUGAACUCCAGGACGUACACCCUCCAGACACCGCUGAAGGAGCACAGGAGCGAGUAUGGCCAGCCCCGCGCGGCGUUCAUCGGUGUAAGCAUCUUCGGGUCCACGAGUCCGAAGACCUCGCGGCUGAUGAAAUGCAGAACUUGACAACGGUCUACCCCGAUGAGAAGGAACGCAAGCGCCUCGAAGAGUGCUUCACCCAGUACCACCCUGAUGCCAAGUGGUGGCUGCCGGGCGACCCUAAGGGCGCUCAUGUCGCGCGCUGGGCACGCCUCGAUAUUCAGGACAUCUACUACAUUGGCGGAUUCGGAACGUAA